AUGCGUCCAAAAAUUGCGGAUAUUCGUAUGCCCCUCAUAUACGAAGGUUACCUGAUCGGAGAACUUGACAAUUAUUUGAAGGCAAAGCAGUGGAAAAGUUACGAUUCAGACAGCAGUAAGCCGGACAUCAGUGAUAUCGUCAAUAUGUCAUAUAAAGCAACGGAUGUCGCGGAACGCGCUGGACCUUCUGAUAUGGGUGCGACGGCUACUUUGGAGACAGAAACAGAGUUUGAUAAAGAUGCUCAGGCGCAGUUCGAAAGGGCCCACAACAUACAGAAGAACAUGAAAGGAAAAGGCGAUGACAAAGUUUAUCGUGGUUCCAGUACCUACGGUCAAUUCUACGAAAAGGCGGAUACCGCUGUUGGAAAUGCUUCGAGUGGCUUAGUGAGGAAAGGUCCAAUUCGAGCACCAAACUUUCUGCGGCAGUCUGUACGAUGGGAUUAUCAACCGGAUAUCUGCAAGGAUUAUAAAGAAACAGGGUUCUGCGGUUUUGGAGAUUCUUGCAAGUUUCUUCACGACCGAUCUGACUACAAACACGGGUGGGAGCUGGAGCGAGACUGGCAGCUGGGCAGGUAUGGCAAGGAUGAUGAAGAUAUUCAUGCGUAUGAAAUUCACUCUGAUGAUGAAGACGUUCCAUUCAGGUGCCUUAUCUGUCGCGAAUCAUUUGUGAAUCCGGUAAUAACGAAAUGUAAACAUUACUUUUGUGAAUCAUGUGCAUUAAAGCACUAUCGAGAAUCGAGCAAAUGUUUCAUUUGUAACAAAAAUACUUUUGGCAUCUUCGUUCCUGCGAAAGAUAUAACUGACAAGCUCAAUGCUGAAUGCCGCGCAGCGAAUGACUCCGGUGGCCUUUCUUCUAAUUCAGAAGCUGAAGAGGAAGUUGGCGAACUACCCGUCAUAACUUCUUUGGACGCGGAGACCGGCGACGAAUCUGCCGCAGUUGCCUCUCUUGACAGUACGAAUGAUGACGAUUCUGUCGCUAAAGUCGACAACGCUGACUGCGGUUCUAAGGAGGAUUCCAGAACUCAGGAGGAUGUCUGA